CUCCAAGCGAUACAACCAUCAUUCACAAAGGACAACAACCUGCAUUCUUCGUGGAGAUCAAAAGUCAAUCAUCAUGGCAGCAACCACCACGAACCUUCGCCUUGUAGUUGCGUCCAAGAACCCUGUCAAGAUCGGAGCUACUCGAGAUGGCUUUGAGAAGAGCUUUCCUGGGCACACGUUCUCCAUAUCUGGCGUCGACGUUCCUUCCGACGUGGCCGCGCAACCCAUGACCAGUCGUGAGACGUUGGGCGGCGCUUUGAACCGACUGCACGCCGCUCGAGCACUAGUUCCAGACGCAGACUACUGGAUCGGCAUCGAAGGUGGCGUGGAGCAGACCAACUUUGGCGGUGACGCUCCCGCUGCAGACGUGAUGGAGGUGUUUGCGUGGAUUGUGAUCGAAGCCGCCGACGGGACUCGGGGUAUGGGUCGCACUGGGUCGUUCUUCCUUCCAGAGGCCGUGGUCAAGCUGGUUGUGGGGGGGCUGGAGCUAGGCCAUGCGGACGACCAAGUGUUUGGAGGGUCCAACUCGAAGCAAAAGACGGGCUCGGUGGGGCUGCUCACCCAAGACCGCAUCACGCGGCAGUCGUACUACGAGCAUGCAGUGCUCCUGGCACUGAUUCCGCUUCAAAACACCCGGUUUCGCUUUGUCUUGCCUGACGGAAUGUAGUAGUAGUACUACUACUAGUACUUCUACUACGACAGUAUUUCAAGAGCGUGGUUGACUUGAGCUAUCCCAACCUUGGCUACAUUUUUGCUCAAAUGAUAGCAGACAGAAUCACAGUUAACGACGUAAGCACUGAGUUCUUUGGGAAAGCAUUCGACGGUAGCUAGCCCUAGUAUUGCUGCGGCCAUGUGUGAGAUAGGAGAGUGUCCAUGUAUGCCUUCAAGUGCAAAGUGUCGUUCAAUUGCAAAUUGCACUUAACAGUAA